AUGCUAGAGCAAGCGUACAGGUUUUCAUUGUGUGUCAUAUUGUUAUGUAAAAAAGUGGAUAAGUUUUUGUCCGAUAGUUCAACGUACAAUAUAAUUGUGAAAGCGAAUGGUAGCGGCUUGUACGGAUUGGACGAUGAUGGCGUCUUCAGGAACGAGGUAGAAGCGCGCGGGCGCGGUACGGAGUCAGCGUUCCUCGGCGAGCUACACUCGACGCUGGCGCCCCCUGCCGCGCCCGACCACGACUGGCAGCACACCCUAUCACUCAUACUCAAAGGCCUCAUCUUCACAACAAUCAUCAUCGGAGCACUCUUCGGCAACGCCCUCGUCAUCAUAUCUGUCCAUAGACACAGAAAGCUUCGAGUCCUGACAAAUUAUUACGUAGUCAGUCUUGCGGUAGCUGACAUGCUCGUCGCACUAUGCGCGAUGACCUUCAAUGCCAGUGCUGAGUUGACUGACGCCUGGCUCUUCGGCCCUUUAGUCUGUGAUAUCUUCAACUCUCUCGAUGUAUACUUCUCCAGUGCGUCAAUCCUCCAUCUUUGUUGCAUAUCAGUGGAUAGAUACUACGCUAUAGUGAGACCUUUAGAAUACCCUGUCACUAUGACUCACAGAACUGUUUGCUUUAUGCUUGCAAAUGUGUGGUUAUGGCCUGCCUUCAUCAGUUUUGUGCCAAUAUUCAUGGGCUGGUAUACGACAGAACAACAUCGACAAGAGAGAUUACAUCACCCCGAUGUUUGUGCUUUUAAAGUUAAUAUGGUCUACGCUAUAGUUUCAUCGAGUGUCUCCUUUUGGAUUCCAAGUUUGGUUAUGAUUUCAAUGUACUGUCGAAUAUUUAGGGAAGCUAUUAGGCAAAGAGAAGCUUUGACAAGAACUUCGUCGAAUAUUCUUUUGAACUCUGUCCAUAUGAAGCAUACGUCGCAUUCAGCUCAUCAUUCACAUUACUUACAUCCUGACAGAAGACCUUCUGAUAUUAGUCCGAACUACAGCACGUUUACAGAAGUAGGGCCCGAAGAGACUGAAUUUGGUGGAGAAGUGGUGAUGUCGAUUGGGGACAUUUGUCCAAGUAAGGAGGCUAGUCCGAGAAAGUCGGUGAAUGUGAGCUGUGAUACCGCGAGUUCUGGAUAUUGUUCUGGAGGUUCCAAUAAGAGGUCUUCAAGUGGGCAACCACCUCCGGGAUGGAGACCGAGUUGUUCCUCUGCUGUGGCGACAAGAGACUUAGCAAAGGCUGCUACCGAACUCAAUGCACAAGGAGCAACGCUACGCGCGGCAGGCAAGUCGUGGAGAGCAGAGCAUAAAGCCGCGCGCACACUGGGUAUUAUAGUCGGUGCGUUUUUAUUGUGUUGGCUGCCAUUUUUUCUUUGGUACGUUACUACAAAUGUUUGCGGCGAGCCCUGUGAGACGCCAUCGGUUGUCGUCGGCGUCUUAUUCUGGAUCGGCUACUUCAACUCCGCUCUCAACCCUCUCAUAUACGCAUAUUUCAACCGCGACUUCCGAGACGCUUUCAAGAACACGCUCAUGUGCGCACUGCCUUGCUGCUUCAGUUGCUGGAAGGACACCGGCACGGCCCAGUUUGUGUAGUAAUUACAGAACUGCGACUAAAAAUCGCAACGCCCUUAGACUAUUUACCGCAUCGAAAAUCGCUGUAACGUUUUUUAUGUAAGCUUUUACUUGUAAACGUUUUGUAUUGUAUGUAUCAGAUGGAAUAAAUGGCUUUGUAAUACGAUUAGAACUAAAAUGUAUAGGAAAGAUUUUUUUGACGGAAAAUUGUUUUUUGCUCUUGUAUGUAUAAUAAGGUGGCAAUAUUAUUAUAACCUUUAGGGUGUCUGUAUGUUUGCGUUUUUUAUUCGAAGCUUAACUUAAGGUAGCUAUGAUGAGUGUAAAUUAAAUGUAGAACCUUCACUUAAAUGUCAAAAAGUGUCGCUCGGUAAAGUAGUAGUUCUAAAUUUGAUAAAGCGUGCGAUUUUAAAUCGCAGUAAUAUUACUGUCCCGUCUAGAGAAGACUUUAUUUUUAACGUUAGAAUAAAAUUAGGUUCUGUUUGAAUAAGUGAUUAGUUGAAAUGUAUUGAUACAAGUUCGUAGUACGGGUGCAAUGUCUACAAAUAGUUGAUACUAGUCUUAUACUUGGUAUAGCAAUAAUUUUUGCUGAUAUUUCAAUAAAAAUACUAGGGUAAAUUUGUCACAGAUAUUAAACACCAAUAAUGUUAAGGAGUGAUGGAACAGAUAAAUAUACUCUAGUAUUUUUUUGUUCGUAAUUUUGUAGAUAUUCGUCGGUGAAAUAUUAGUUUAAUAAUAAUAGUUGCUCAAAUUGUCCAUUCGAUGGCAAUAAGCAUUUAUUAAAUAUAUUAGUAUAAGUAUUCGAUAUCGUGAGAAUAUAUGUAGAUAACUGUUAUUCGUUUGUAUAUAAAAUACCUACUAAUAGUGAUAGAUAAAUCUUCCUCUAUUUUUCUUGAAGCCCUAAAUCUCUAUACUUAAUACUAAUAUGAUACCGAUAUUUUGUAAUAGGUACAAUAUCACUUACCCAAAUUUCUCGAAAGCUGAUCUACACGCAAUUAGUUAAUCGGCUUUCAAAUACAUUUAGCGUGUGAUUGGGUUUAGGUCUAGUGGUCAUCCAAUCACAGUUGUCAUCAGCUGAUUUGACAAAGGUUAACCUACUAAAUGAUACAACGGUUUACUCACGCGUAUUUAUCGGGAUUGCCGUACUAGAGUCGAACCCUACGAAGCAUUAAAAAAAAUACUAAAAUCAGCUUUCGAGAAUCUAUAAAUAUACGUUUAAAUCUUUUUUUCUCAGCCAGUAUCAUAACUAUCAAAUAGAACUUUUAAAGUUCGUUAUCCGAACUCUUUUCUCGGUCCUUUGUUUGCCCGCUGAUUUGAUCUAAAAAGGUUGGUUAGUUACGUAACACACACACACAUACCUAUAGGUUCACAUUGACAUCUCUACAUGACAUGCGCGGAUCAGGGCCUGCAUAAAUUAGAACAUGGUUAACCUUUACGCUUAUAUACGCUGAUUCGGAAGUCGAAAUACAAAAUGAUUUUAUCUUUCGGUAAAUUUUGCGAUCGGAAGUUUUUGUAUGAUUUUUAAAUCUUACUUAAAAUUGAUUUAUUGAGAGUCGUAUUGAAAUACUAAACUUUGAAUCUUACAAAUGAGAAGAUUAGAAAACUUAAAAUUUGAAAUUUUAGAAGAAAGAAGCGAAGAAUGAUAUUAUUUAAAAAAAGGCAAAUGUUAGAAUGAUGACAGGUAUAUUUCUAUACCUGUGUUACUAAAAAUACCUACGCUAUCAACUCUAAUGAGAACUCUUAGCAUUGUCAAAGCAAUAUACUGAGCGUUGGAUUUUUGCAACUCAGUUUUGAGGCA